GCCAUCGACAUCGCAGGUUGAAGCUGACUCUAACAACGAGGCUCGCUCAGGGCAUAUGACCGUGUCGAGAAGGACAUUUUGAGCGCAGUCGAUGAGCGAACCUGGAUUCUCUGGAUUAUGAGCAUCGUUGUGGGGAUGAUUCGACGAGCAUUGACAUGCAAUGGCCGGCUUUUCCCAAGACAUAGGAUUGCGUUGUUCCGGACAUACGCAUGUUCGCACCUUUCGGAGGAAUAUGUGGCGCAGAAUCGUCCACCGACUCGAGGGCGGCGCAAGACAAGACUGCUAAAAAGGACGCCAAGAACGCCUACAAGCAAUCAGUCGGACGACGUCUCCAAGCUUAUGGAGAAAGUUCACGGCCUGGAAAAGCAGUUGGCGUCGAUGGCUGGGCCAGUCAGGAGCGCGGCUGGUGAAGAGUCGAAAACGGGCGAAUCUGACUUUCCGCCGCUCCCCCUCAUCCAGUCAAAUGAGAUCUACCAUCGCGUGUUCACGAAUAAGAUGCGCAUGGGAGGGCUGCAGAUGCCUCGUCCGCCAGCACAUACGAAUGCGAUAUAUCAAUCCCUCGGCGACGCCAUCGUCAGCCUGCUCGCCUGGGAUUACCUCGCCGAGUACCUUCCGAACGUCAAGUUUAUGUCGUUGCAUAUUCUGAAAGGCGACCUGGCGUCGAAUCGGUUUUUGGGCUCUUUAGCGGUCAAGUACAAGCUGCACCGCUCGCUCACGUUGGACCCGGGGUAUCAGCUUGUCGACGGGCUGGAUGAGCAUAAGAUUCAUGCGGAUCUGUUCGAGGCCUACGUCGGCGGCCUCUACUACGACCAAGGGCUGGACGCUGUCCGCGAGUGGCUCCGGCCGAUCUUCAAAGCUGAACUCGAGCGCGCGUUCGAGCUGAGGAAGAAGCAGGAUCCGGGGUUUGGGGAGGAGAGCAUGAUGGUGCGGUAUACGAAUGACUCGCCGUGGAAGAGGCGGUUUGGGAGGCGGGUGAGGGUGGAGGAGAAGGUGGGGAUGGGGGUGGGAAUAGGCUCGAGUACGGGGGCAAGAGGCCCGAGUACGGAGGCAAGAGGCCAGAGUGAUGAGAGGGGGGAGAAUAGAGUGAAAGAGAACGUGGAGGGAAGUGUGAGGGAGGAGAGGGACGAAGAGACGCCACAUGGGUAUUUGUUGCCAUUGGAUGUGUUGGAGAAGCGGUUGGCGGGGACGAAAACCGAGGGCGGAGACGGUGGAGAGUCUGCGACACCGAAGCCGCAGCCGUCGCAGAUUCGUGCGGAGGCGAUGAAGGCGGCCAUGGAGCAAGAGGGCGUAGAGAACAUCAAUCCUUUGUACGAGGCCUCAGAGGACUCCCCGGACUAUGCUAUGCAUAUGGCUGGCCCUGCGUCCUCUUCGUCCAUGCAGCAUGAUCCAGAGCGCCUUCCUGCCAUUGAUGUGCCCCUACCCGAUCCGGACGUCGUCUACUCCUCUAGCGCACCUGCACAUGAAAUAGUCCUGGACUCAGAGCCUUCCUCCGGGCUCGAGUUCAUCGACUCCUCGGAACACGACGAUGCAGAGAUCCCAGCUUCGACCUUGAUCGACCCCGUCCCACCACCCGAUAUCAUCAGUCAUGCACCCGCCGAUUCCGCCAGACGCCUGAUAUACAAGCGCCAUUUCCUCGUGACCCCUGACUUCGAAAACUGGCUCGACACGGUUAUCGGGCCCGACGAGAAAUUCCGCUGCGUCCUCCUCCUCUUCGGCGGUGUCCCGCGCGCCGUGGGCGAGGGUGAGACGCUGCGGAGGGCGUCCGAAAAUGCGGCGCUGCUGCACUCGCCCCUGGCGGCAAGCGCGCAGGAGGCGUUGCGGGAGUUGUGCACGCGCGAGGAUGUGGAGUUUAUUGCAACGAACUGGAGGGGCGCGCUAUGGAUGGUGAAUGGGGAUAUGUACCGGCAGAUUAGUCGGGCGACGGCUUAUUUUGGCGAGAGCACGUACAAGUGGGCGACGUCGGUCAGGCUUGACCAGACGCGAAUCAUUACGGCGUUUGGACAGACGGCGAGCGAUGCUAAGGAGCGCGGGGCGAAGCAUGCGCUCAAGGCCCUCGGGUACGCCUGAGGGUGGCUCACAGGCGACUCAGAGCUAUCGGCGGAGAUGAACAUAUGAAGGUGUAUUUCUCAGUGUUUUGGAUAUCUGUGUGUGGAACAAUGUGUUUGCUCUGUACUUGCAAUUGCGAUGCAACAUGUUAUGCGUGUAAUUAGUCUAGCCUGCUCCCUGUCUUGGUACCUGCAGAAAAAGCUUCACCUGCGCUGCAGUGGCACCGUAGCCGAAAACGAAUCGUGACACUCACGCAUCA